GAAGUGAUUUUGAAGGUGUUUCGUGUCGGAUUAAUGCUGGGUUACUUUGCGCACCGCAAGGAAAUUCAACGCCAACCGCUGGAUUGACAAGAUAAUACAGCUAAAAGCAGACCUGGAAUUUUAAACAGUGCCUUCAGAGAAAAUUAAAACCGGGGAUGCUAAUAUUGUCCCAAAUAACCACGCACAUGCAACUGAAAGAUUUGACGCCUUUAACUGAUCAGAUCGAGUGGUUGGGAAGCCGUGAACUCGAGAUAUAGAUUGGUAGGUAACGAAUGAGACUCACAGUCAGUGUUUUGUCCUCCAAAACCUGUUCAACUUUCGGAAUGAGAGAUUUCUAAAUGUAAUGAGUUCAUCUGGAAAGGCUUUGUGAAUAAUUUAGAAUCGUAUGGGGGUAAAUUUCGUGAGCAGCUGUCACCAUUUUCCUUUAAAGGAUUCCAUUUCGCCCAGAGUUCUUAAGUUAUAACUUUGGGAAAAUAUUUUCUAGAAUUGCAGUGAUCUGGUUUAUCAUUUAAAAACAGGAAGAAGUCUUGCUGCUCUUGCUUGUAAACUGAUAUGUUCUUCCGAAUUAAUGGUCAGUUAGUAUUUUCAGUAGGACCCAAUUUGCUUUAGAUUUAACUCCAAUGAUAUAUUCUCCGAGAUAAAGACUUGUAAGAUCUCACUCUGUAUACACUCCUUAUACUCCUUUUCCAGCAUCAACUCAGUUGUCGAGAGCUCUGAUUGAUCUAAGCGAACUUUGAAAUGCUGAAAUCGGCAAAGGAAAGUGUAGGACUGCUUUCAAAAUAAAUUAAUAUACAGAAGUUUUGGUAACCGAAGCAUCCUUUUUUUUUUUUUUUUUUUUUUUAAUAUGCGCGUUCUAGUUUGUUUUGCUUUUAAUUUUUUGGUCGAUCUACAACUGGUGCAAAUUAAAAUUUUCUCCGUAGUCAACUUGUAUCGGCUAGAUUGUAUAAGGAAUUUUUUUAAAUGAAAGCUUAGUUUUCCAGCUUUACUGCUUUUAUCUUUUAAAAAAUAAUCCGUUUUAUUAAAUUGCUUUGUACAGCCAUGUUUUACAUGUAUGCAAUCGGAAAGAAUUUUUAAAAUUUCUUCCCUAAGUAGCUAAGAGCAUUUAUUCUAAAAAAAUGACAAUUAUAGAUGCAUAAAUCUUUGUUUGCUCGUGUUGCUAUACGGCUAAAAAUUUAAUCUUUUUCUUAGGAAAUUUAAUUAAAAGUCAGAAAAGAAUCAUGCAUUUAUCACGUUUGUUUUUGUUUAAUUUUUACACCUAAAGAAAGACGUGGGAUUUUUUAUUUAAAUUCAUGAACACUGAAACGACAGAAUACCCCAGAUACUCGAAAAACGUUUUAUUUUUGUCUAAUUCGAUCGAAAAAUGAUGAAAUAAUUUCGGGUUCAUUAUUCUAAAUGAAAUAUCAACUAGGGUUCAAUAGUAUUUUUAGGUGAAAAAAAAAUGCAAAAACCGUACGCCUGAGCUAAAAAAUUGUGCUGAAUCGAGGGAGCUUUAGAUCACAGUCUCCGUAGAAUUAUACAUCACCAAUUUAAAACUCUAAUUUUCUUCAUCAGUUCGACUGUUAUUUUCGUUCGUUACGUAACAACAAAGGAUUCGAAACGUCAAGCGCAACUCCAUCCAUCACCAAAUUACGAUUAAUAAAAUUCCAAACAUUUAUGCCUAUUUCCUUGCUGCGUGAAAUGAAACAAUGGUCAGCUUCUUGUGUCUAGGGUUUUUGUUAUUUUCAUGGAAACAAAAAAACAGAUAAGAUCUGAUUAUCUAUCCAAUUCAGACCUUGUUUCAUGUGAGGUGUUUACAAAGAUUCUGCUGUUAAAAACUUUUGUAUUUAGCAAUGAUGAAAGCAUUCCACACGAAGAGUCGUUACUCAAGUACAAGGGCGCUGUUGAUUCUUCUUCUCACAAACUCUGGAAGGGUCUUUUGUGGAAGUGAUCUGCUGACCAAGUUUUUUACCGGGUACGACAAAGCAAUCAGACCUAACUUUGAUAAAGGGACACCUUUAACUGUCUCGGUUGACUUGUAUGUGGAAGCUUUUGGAAACAUCAAAGAGGCCAACAUGGAAUAUUUGAUAUACGGCUAUUUUCGCCAAAGAUGGAAAGACUCACGCCUAGCUGGAAGGCUUAAUUACACCCUAACCAUAAACGGAGCUGACAUUGACAGAAUUUGGGUACCAGAUCCCUAUUGUUACAACGCCCGCGAGUCAAAUAUGAUGAUGUUAGAUACGCAGCUGCAUAGCAGGAUAUCUGUUGAACCCAACGGUGACGUGUUGUAUAGCAAAGGAGUGACGCUAUUAGCCUCUUGCGACAUGAAUCUGCGGAAUUUUCCUCUGGACUCCCAAAGUUGCUGUCUGAAAUUCGGAAGCUAUGGAUACAGCACAGAUCAUAUUCAUUUUGAAUGGGGACCUGCAGGUGUUUCUGUUGGAAAUAACGAAAUGGCCCAGUUUGAGUACAUAGGCAACAAACUUUCCUCGGGCAUAGACGAGUAUAGCGUUGGGAAUUUCUCGACGGUCACAGUCAAGUUUACAUUUGAGCGACGAGUUGGUUACUACAUAAUUCAAGUGUAUCUUCCCGACGUUUUGGUUGUGGCUCUGAGCUGGAUUGUUUUUUGGAUGGACAAGAAAGAAAUGGGGGACAGAAUGGCUUUAGGAAUCACAACCAUAUUAACCAUCAUGUUUCUUCUUGGUUCUCUUAAUGCGACCAUGCCUCGAGUCAGUUACCCAAAAGCUUUGGACUGGUAUUUGCUAGUUUCCUUCACGUUUGUGUUUCUGUCGCUAAUUGAAUGUAUGGUCGUGUUUAUACUUACCUUGAGGUCUGGAAAUGACAAGGAUAAAUCAAAAUAUAAGUUGAGUUCAAUUCCUUUAUCAACAUUGGAUAUCAGUGAGCUGAGGCUGCCUCCGCUUGAAAAUAGUGUCAACAGAAACAAAAAAGUGAAUAUCAAUGGCGAAGCUCACAUGCUGUGCUCUUCAGAAAGGAAGGACGGAAUGAUUAAAGAUGAUAGGCUGCCCAGAUAUAAGAUUGACAGCAGUUGCCAGACAACAGCCGCUGAUCGCGUUGAUCGGGCUUCUCGAUUUUUGUUUCCAGUUUUUUUUUUAAUUUAUAACAUUGUUUACUGGGCUGUAUACGCCCUUCCUGGAAAGAAACUUGAGUAAGCAUCACAGGAAAAAAAGUGAAACGAAACUAGCCACAUCAACGAAUAAGCAGACGGUUCACGGAUAAAAUGUGAAAUAUGUUCAUUUUGUUUCAACUGCCGAAUCAAUGAUCAAUUUCGGAUUCCUUUACCUGGCUGAGAAGCAUGCAGAUUGAAAUCAAUGUAACAAGCACACAUGCCGAAGCAUAUAGGUUCUAAGUGAAAUAUUUUAUUCACUGUUAAAGAUUCUUUUCGUUAAUAAUACUUUGAAGUAAGUUUCAGGCGCUAGAAGAGAAACUCUACUGAUAAACGCGUUGCUAAAAAAGGAAGACAGGUAACAUCAAGUCGACCACACAUCAGAAGUACUUACAUGCAAUAAACAAACUUGCCCAUAAAGACAUAAAUGAGGUGGAAGACAAAUUUUACAAUGACAUCCACAACUAAACGUUAACGUUUCG